UUGGUGGAUUACAAGGUCUUUCCACCAGUUUACAUACCAACACUAUAAGGACAUUUGGGAUUAUAAGGACAAAGGACAUGUCCUUGUAAUUCAAACAUUGUAGAAUCAUCUGUCUGAAGCUAAAGAACAAACUACUGCUUUUUUUUUAAAUGUCCUUUUAAGUAGGUAAACCAGUUUUAUAGUGUUUUGAGUGUAUCCCGCUACUGCCACCUAUUGGCAGGAUUUGCCACUGCCGAUUUAUACACAUUUCCACACAAAUGGGCGUGGGCGGGUCGGAAAUCGCGCGCUUUUGUUUGAUUGGUUAAUCAUGCUCAAGCGCAGUAGAGAGAUUUGGCUGGAGUUUGAGCAGCAGCAGAAUGGCGGCCAUGUGAUGCAGCUCCCAAUUAGCUAGAUGACAUGAUGGACUUAACUUCAAGGCGCCGCAGACUUAAGCCUCUUCGAGAUGCAGAAUACCACAUCAACUCGAGAACUGACAAGCCAUACCUUCAGCAGCAGUAUAUUAACAGAUUUAAAGGACGUGGAGUGUUCACUAAAGAAUUUAUUUGGAAAGGGGAUUUUGUGGUAGAAUAUAAUGGGAAGCUGCUUACACAGGAACAGGGAGAUCUGAAAGGAAAACAGUGUGCAGAAUCCAGAGUCUUUCUUUUUGAUUUCGAGUGGAGAGGACAAAUGUGGUGCAUGGAUGCAUCCGAGGAGGACGGCAGGCUGGGCAGACUAGUCAAUGACGAUCACAGAAAACCCAAUUGCAAAAUGAAGGUCAUUGCUGUUAAUAAUCGCCCCCACUUGUGCCUUUUCUCAAUUGAUGAAAUUUUACCUGGAGGAGAAUUGACAUAUGAUUAUGGACCAUCAGACUGGCCAUGGAGACCCCAGAGGAUCAUUACUGUCACAUCUCAGACAUCAGAAUCGCGUUUACACAAAAGUUCAGAAGAGAUGAUUACAGAUGUUGCCACCACUGAGACAUUUACACCGUGUGUCCCUGAAGCAAGUUCACAAAAGAUGAUUACAGAUGUUGCGACCACCGAGACAUUUACACCGUGUGUCCCUGAAGCAAGUUCACAUCAGAUGAUUACAGAUGUUGCCACCACUGAGACAUUUACACCGUGUGGGCCUGAAGCAAGUUCACAACAGAUGAUUACAGAUGUUGCCACCACUGAGACAUUUACACCGUGUGUCCCUGAAGCAAGUUCACAUCAGAUGAUUACAGAUGUUGCCACCACUGAGACAUUUACACCGUGUGUGCCUGAAGCAAGUUCACAACAGUGUCACAAACAUGACUUGGUUCAUGCUACCGUGUCAUCCCUGGACAAAUGCAAAAUAUGCUUGGGAUCAGGGCUGUCUGCUUUCAAGUGGAUUGGUUUCAGUUGUAAAGUUUGUUCUGGUGUAUGGCAUAAGGAUUGUCUCCAGCAAACAGUGCCUGAGGAUAAACAUGAUUUUAGCUCAGAAGAUAAUCAAUCAGAUGAGGACAUGCAAGAGGAUGACAUGCAUAAAGAUGAUGAUUAUGUACCAGAUACUGACUCGGAAUCUGAUUCGGAUACAAGUACUGUGGUUGGCUCUAGUGUGUCUCAGGUUCCCCUUUCAAGGAAUAUUGAAGAAUUUCAUACUACAACAAAAAAUACAUGUGAAAAUACUGAUGAAACAACAGAUGAAGCAACAGAAGCACGUGUUAAUGGUAUAAACUACUGUUACGUUUGUCAAAAACCUCAGUCUAAACUUGCCAGACAUCUAGAGAUGCACAAGACCGAAGCAGAGGUAAUGGAAGCUCUUAGUUAUCCAAAACGUUCGGUAAACAGACGAAGACUUCUGGAGAAGCUACGUAAUCGGGGCAACUUCCAGCACAAUUUAGAAGUUCUCAAAAAUGGAACUGGGCAAAUCAAAUUAAAAAGAUUUUCGAAGCAGUCUAAAUUCAUUCACUGUCUCUAUUGCAAAGGAAUGUUUUCCCGCAAAGAAUUGUGGCGACACACUCGCAGAUGCCACUUCAUGCCAGAGCGGGCUUCUCAUGAGUCUACAAAGGCCAAAGUUUUGGGCUUGGCAACAACAGCUCAGUCGGUGUUCUCUGAAAGUAUCUCCAAAGGGGUCUGGAAGCUUCUGGACCCUAUGAGGCAAGAUGAUAUAACAGCAGUUGUUCGCAAUGACUUUGGCAUUUUGCAGCUGGCUCAAACCCUGUACAACAAGCAUGGCAAUGACCCUACGAAACAUGAGUAUGUUCGUCAGAAGUUAAGGGAACUUGCACGUGUCUUGUUGGUUUUGCGUGGUGAUUCGAUAUACACCAUCGAAGAUGCUGUCAAACCUGGAAAUUUUUACAAAGUUGUCAACGCUGUGAAAAAAGUAUCUGGUUUUGAUGAGGAAAACCACACCUACACGGCACCAAGUCUUGCUCUAAAAAUAGGGCAUUCUCUGCAGAAAAUAGCCGACAUCAUUUACAGUAGGGCUUUGAUGACGGAAAAUGACAAUUUGAUCAAAUCAACUGAAGCUUUCAAGUCACUGUAUGCUGCAAAAUGGUGUGAGCUUGUAUCACACUCUGCCCUGAACACACUCAGUGAGAAGAAAUUCAACAAACCAUCGACCUUACCUUUUACCCAGGAUGUGCAACUUCUUCACACUCACCUAGAAAAGACUUCAGAGUCUGCCUUUGACAAAUUAAAGAAAACAGUAUCUCCCCAAAGUUAUGCUGACCUUGCAAAAUCCACUCUUGCUCAGAUUAUAAUUUUUAAUCGAAGGCGUGCUGGGGAGGUGUCCAAAAUGCGCUUGAAAAACUUCAUUGAAAGAGACAAAAGCCCCCUCCAUGCUGAUGUAUCCUUGGGAUUAACCAAGUUUGAAAAGAAGCUCUGUGAGCACUUUAGCCGGGUGGAAAUCAGGGGCAAACGUGGACGAAAAGUUGCAGUCCUCCUAACACCAUUCAUGGUGGAAUCCCUAAAUCUCUUGGUCAGCAAAAGAAUGGAAUGUGGUGUGCCUGAUACCAAUAUCUUUCUCUUUGCUAGACCACAAUGUUCAACUUACUACAGAGGUCAAGACUGCUUGAGACUUCAUGCAGAAAAGUGUGGAGCAAAAAAACCCGAAUACCUGCGCUCAACUCAGCUCAGGAAACAUGUUGCGACCCUUUCCCAAAUUUUAAACCUCAAAGAGAAUGAGUUGGACCAGGUCGCUGACUUUCUAGGACACGAUAUACGUGUCCACCGUGAACACUACAGACUGCCUGAGGCGACAAUUCAGCUUGCAAAAAUCUCCAAGCUGCUAUUAGCAAUGGACAAAGGUUGUCUUGGAAGCAUCCAGGGAAAGUCACUUGAUGAGAUUCAAAUUGAAGAUCAAAUCCAGUUGACUGAUACUGAAGAUGAUGCAGGAGACGAACCGGCUGGCACCAGUUCAUUAGACAAAGAAGUAUCAACAUCACCACAAGAGGCCUGCCAGAAUGAAGUAAUUGGAAGUGUUGAACAUCGUGGGACUGCUGAUAAGAAGAAAAGAAUGUGGUCAAAAGCAGAAGUUGCUGCCGUGAUGAGACAUUUUAAAGUCCACAUAGUAAAAGGAAAUUUAGCCACAAAAUCUGAGUGUCUUCAGUGCAAAUCCGCUGAAGAGCCUGUGCUUCAAAACCGGUCAGUACAAAACAUACGAGACUUUGUGAGAAACAGAGGUAUAACUGCCAAAAGGAGAAGUCAGUAUGAAAGUGCUGUUAGCACCUAAUCACCAAGCCUUCAGUGUUCAUGAAAUGUAGUUCUAUACAUUUUGAAUUGGUGUUGGUUUCUUUCCAGCCUACUUUUCUGAAGAAUGUUGGAGUUUAUAUGACGAUUUUACAACUGUUGUUGUAAAGAUUUUUGAAGAUUGAUGGCCGUUAACUGUUUUUUAUAAUGUUGCAAGUAAAUGUUGCCUCUUGCUGUUAACUGGUUUAUAUACACUUUUAAGUGACUGGUUUCAAAUGAGAUGAUGGUCAUGAAAUUAAGAAAAUAGUUUUUAACUGAUUGACUACCUUAUUGAAUAUUUUUGAUUGUAUCUUGUCUGCAGUGAAGUGUUCUUGUCUGACAUACUUGAACUAUAGUAGGGCUGGGCGAUAUAUCGGAUGAGAUUGUUAUGCACAUCUUAUCAGUAUAGUCGGUUUCCUUGAUUAGUAGUGAAUCAUAAUCACCUGCUUUCAGAUGGAGCCGCAUUUACUGCACAGAGCCUUAAUUCACAGACAAACUCUGCAAUGUUGCAUUCAUUAUUGUGGACAAAACUCCUGCGAUAAUGACUGCGAUAUUGCCUAGCUUGUCAGUGAACUACAGCUCUGUGUAGUAAAUGCAGCUCCAUCUGAAAGCAGGAAAUUAUGAUUCACUACUACUGAUGAGAUGCGCAUAACAUUCUCAUCCGAUGUAUCGCCCAGCCCUACUAUAGUAAUUGAUUCAAUAUAAACAAAUGUAUUGAUGUUCACAAUGACUGUUUUAACGCUGCUGUUGUUAAUUUGAAAAAUAACCAAGUUUAACACUUGUGACUAUAUUUAGUCAACUGUUGUUGCCAUCUCUGACUGAGAUGUUUUGCCUCUUUAAUAAAAGGGAGGUAUUGUUUCUUUAUUACCAAAGAUUGUGUUUCAUUGCAAGUUUUCAAUUCCUAGUAUAGUAAACUUUUAAAGAAGAUGAGUUGGUUACAUGCUUCUGAGACUAGUUUUAAUCCAAUUAAUAACUUGUACUACUACUGUAUAGGGUUGGGUAGGUAUGGGAUGGUGUGAAAAUUUCAUAUGAUUUUAGUGACCAAAGUUAUCACAGUUAUCAUUAUUAUCACUGUUUUCAUAAAAUGAGAUGGAAAUGUUCAAAAAGAACUGAUGCACAACACUGAAAACAUUUGAACAAGUUUUAUUUUGAAAAUCAUCAAACAACAAAUAUAAUUAGCAGCUAUAUGCACUUUUUUUGAGCAGAAACAUUAAAUCCGGGGUGUCCAGACUUUUUUGUGUGGCAAUCUACUUUUAAAAGGAUAAAGCAGACAAGACCUACCUGCUUAAAAACACAGUCACACUUACUAAACUUUAAGAGGGAGUUGCACUAAUGUGUCUCAUACUGUAAUCCAUUAACAUAAAUUUGGCGAAUAAAGCAAUGAAAAACAAAGUAACGUUUUUAUGUGGAGCGACUGUUGCGCUGUUUGGGAUUCACCCUCUUUAUUUGUUAUUAGAUUUUUGCCACCCGCUUUUUGCUGAUCUGAAAAAUAAUCUGAUCUGUGCCUCAAAAACUGUAAUGUGAUCCGAACUGUGAGAUUUGUGAUCCGUCACACACCCCUAGUAAAGUUAGUACACAGUGAUAGCCAUAAAUGCAAUUGUACUAAUAAUUGGCAUAAUAAUUUAUUUCGGUGUUUUGGUUUUCGGCCUUGGUUUCCUUUUUUUGGGUUUUCGGUUUCGACCAAGAAUUUUCAUUUCGGUGCAUCCCUAGUUUUUAUAACACUUUAAAUGUUUGUUAGGACUAUACUGC